AUGCAAUUCAAAAUCCGAAGAUUCACUGCCCAGAGGACCCUGGAGGCAGACGGGAAGAUAUUAUUUUCCCACCACCUUAGAACCCAAGCAGUAAUUAAUGUGGGUCGAGCUCCAACAAAUCAUGCUCUUAGCCAAACAAACGAAGCUGGAAUUAAGCGUAUAAUCCAUCAAAUACAAUCCUUCAACAAACUCUUAUCUGCUAACCAUGACCUGCAAGAAAAAAUCAAGCAAACCAGUGUCGAAGGACUGGAGCAGCUGGAGCGCAAAUUCCACUACAAAUGGCAGCAGUUGCAGGAAAUUGUCAAACGAAGAAUCGACGAUGUUGCGGAUCAGGAAGCGCAAGCUAUAAAAGUGAUGCGACUCAUACGUCGUCAUCAUUUGGAAGUAACAAUGGCGCAGCUCUCCUCGCAUUACCAUAAAGUGCAGCAGAAACGUCUAGCCGAUAUGGAGAUUUUCAAGAUGGAUUUGAAAGCCAAGUUUGCCGAGGAACUACAUCAGAAGGCCUUAGAAGUCGAAGAAUAUCGAUUGUAUUAUCGCAUAAUGGAAAAGCAAGUGGAAAAACGUAAAGCAGACAUUGCUGCUGCCGAAGUAGCCUCCGCCAGAGCGAAAACCGACGCGAUGGAUCUCAUAUCAAAAAAACUAAUGGAAUCUUUCGCCCAACAGGUUGACAUAAGCACUGUUGCAAAGGUCAUCAAUCUGGAAGUGAUUAAACAAACCCUCGCUGACAUAAUCAACGAAAGAGAUGGUUUGCAAACGUCUGUCGAACAUUUACAACAAGAGACGGAAAAGCAGGAAGUCUCCCUGCGGUUACUGGAAUACCAUAUUGACCGCACAAUGCAGGAUAUCAUGAGCGCCAAUGAUACAUUUAAGACUUAUGAGUCCCAGCUGCGUCACAGUAUUCACGGAGUGACUUCCGAGCGGGAUAAAGUUCAUGAUGCGAAAAUGCAUUCGUUGGCUCAGCUGAACGAUAAAGCUAAUGUGGUACCGACAAAGGUCAUCCUACAGGAAGAGCUAAGUCAACUCAAACAAGAAUGCGAAGAUCUGCUUGAAACAGGAAAAGUGUUGCGCGCGCGGGGACGGUUUCGUGCUGCCCAGUGGAUGAAAAAGUUAUCAGUUUUGGAGAACGCAACCAAGGAACUGAGAAAAGAGAUGUUCAGGAGAACGUACAGCCAAAAAAUUGCCAGGAAAGCUACCGGCAUGCAGGCCAAAAAUCCGGUUAUACUGAAGGGGCCCAUUUCCAAGGAUGCUGCAGAAGAAUAUAUUGAGAAUAUGGGUGCUAAAAUUUUGCUACCUAAAGCUAAGCCGGGAAAGGUUUUCGGCACUCCAGAAAAAGCAAAACUACGGUUGAUGGACAAACAAAGAGAGAUCAAAUUUGUCAGUGGUGCGGAGAGCUUGGAAGAAGUUUUGCGCAAAGGCGAAACCAAAAAAGAUGGAAAAGAUCUUGUUGCACUGUUCUCCCAAGAGUCGGAUAUUGAUAAGCUCGUCAAAGAAAUCGAACAUUUAGAGAUGCAUGGAGAGUCCCACCGGCAGAGCGCAAUGGAAGAUGCCGAUGUUUCCGACGAUGCGGAAGGGGCGCGGCGUGUGACGCUGGUCAACCCAUUUCUGCCCACAACAGAACUGACCGAAAGCCUGGUUAUGCUGGCAGCGAUCGAAAAAGAUUUUGAAAACAAAAAACGCGAUAAGCGCUCCUCAAAGCGGUUGUCGAAAAAAUUUACAGCUGUUCAGCCGUUUUCGGGAUUGCGCAAUACACCUAAUGAGCCAAAAAAGCGUAAACAUCCGACAAAGCCAAAUAAACGGAAAUGAUUGCUACAAUAUAAACAAGCUUCCGUUUGCCAUCUUAGACUGGCAGUGUGUGCUAGCUAGUGAUUUUGUUUAACCGUGACUGAAUUACUGAUUUAACUGCUUUACGUACUGUAGAUAUUUUUGCAAAUGAUCCAAAAAGGUCGUUGAUAUAUUACAUUACAAUUUACAAAUCAUCCCGCAGAGCUUCAUU